AUGGGAGGAGUUAUUCGUAAAAAGAGAAUUGCUAUAAAACCAAGAAAACCAUUUGAGAGAGAAAGAUUGGUAUCUGAACUCAAGCUAGUAGGAGAUUAUGGGUUGAGAAAUAAGAAAGAGUUAUGGACUAUAGCUACUUAUGCCAAGCAGGAUAAGAAUCAAGCAAAAAACUUAUUGAUUACCACCAAUAAAGAACAGUUUAUGACUGAAGGUAGAGCUUUACUUGAUAGACUCAGUAAGAAUGGUAUGAUAACCGGAGUUGACUUUAACGAUGAAGAUAAGAUUAGAGAAUUAUUAAAAGAAGUACUUAAUUUUGAAUUGGCUAAUUACCUUGAGAGACGUGCUCAAACUUUAGUUCAUAAGAUGGGAUUGGCUCAAACCAUUCAUAAAGCAAGAUGUCUUAUUACUCAGAAUCAGAUAACUAUUAAAGGGCGUGUUAUUAAUAAACCUGGUAUGAUGAUUAGAAGUGAAAAUGAAGGUUACAUUGAAAUUAAUCCUAAUUCUGCUACUCAUAAGGCUAAGAAAGGUCGUUAUGCUAAGAAACAUGGAAAUAAAGAAGAAUAA